AUGGAAGACAAUAGCAGCAGGGAAGUCUAUCCAAACUCCGACCCCUAUGAGAGCUCGUCAGGAACUUAUGACAUACUCAAUUACGUAACAUCGCCAACCGAAGGUCUGACUGACCUUCACAUUGCGACAUCACAUCUUGCAUCUGAGGAUACCGUCGAUCCAAGCAACUUGCAUACCGGCCACUAUCCCGAGGUCGGAGCAUUUCCCAACGACGUGGUAGUUGGAUUGACGUUCGCUCCAGCCAGUUCCAACUCGAUUGGGUUUGUUUCAGCACCUCUUAACUCUCUUGCGACAUCAGAAACCCCAGCACCAACCCCUCCCAAAUGCGGCAGACGACUCUCCCUCAACUCAGUACGAAUACUCAACAAGUGGCUAUCAAACAAUACGCAUCACCCGUACCCCAGUGUUCAAGAUGUGGAGGCUCUAGAGAGGCAAUCUGGACUCAGCAGAAAACAAAUCUUGAAUUGGUUCGCCAAUGCUCGUCGCAGGAAUAAAUUCACAUCGCAAGAUGCCACAGACCAGAGCUCAAUAUCCUCUGACACCAGUCCUCGGGAUAUUCCGUCUCGGCGCCCGGCUACCCCCUCGAUUCAGCAGACUCCGUUUGAUCGAUGGAGGAACUCUCCGCCGGAGGAUGAGCCUCCCAGUAUGGAAGCAAUCGCACGGGCAUUGUCUGGCGCCUUGGAUGAUGCGCCGAGCAGCAGCCGACCAAGACAUAAGCCAUCUUCGACUAUCGCAAGCGCUGAGACUUCUGACUCGAGUAGAAGUUCGCGAGCCUCUGCUUAUUCCCAAGGGUCAGACGGAUCUCUUGAGUCACUCAGAAAGGUGACCAAAAAGCGUCGACGAGGUGGUCUCCGUAAGAGAAAUAUUGCCUCAAGAGACUUAUCACAGGCCUGCCACCGAUUCCAAUGCACGUUCUGUACUGAGACGUUCAAGCUCAAACAUACAUGGCUGAGACACGAAAGAACCCAGCAUCUGUCCCUUGAACAGUGGGAGUGCUCUCCUUCUGGACCAACGAUGCUCAACCAGCAUGGUGAACUAGUCUGCGUUUACUGCGGUAUCAUCAAUCCAGGGGAUCUACACUUUGAGACACAUAACCACGAUCUAUGUCAUAACAGAGAAAGAGGAGAAAGGACCUUCUUCAGAAAAGACCACCUACGACAGCACCUGCGACUAGUCCAUAGAUCCGAGUUUAUGAAAUGGCCAAUGGAAGAGUGGAAGUUGAAGCAUGAAAAUGUGAUAUCGAGGUGCGGUUUCUGCGACGUCGAUAUGACGACCUGGUCUGAAAGGGGCAACCACUUGGCAGGGCACUUUAAAGAAGGGAGCACAAUGGCUGACUGGAAGGGCAACUGGGGCUUUGACGCUGCAACGCUUGAAAUGGUGGAGAAUUCGAUGCCUCCGUACCUCAUCGACUACGAGCGUAACUCGCCGCUUCCCUUCACCACACAGCAAGGUGCCCCGUACAGUUCUACCAGCGCCUUCGAAUUACUGCAGCUGGAACUCGACUACUUUUACUCAGACUAUGUCGAUAUAAAUCACUGCACUCCAUCUGAUAAGACCCUGCAUUUAGAAGCAUGCUGUAUUAUUUUCGGCGCCGAGAUGUGUUACCAGGACACCUUACCGACAGCUUCGUCUUGGCUACGAGAUCUCUUGAUGGGCACGGAUGAGAUAACCACGAGAGCACGUAUGACGCCAAUGAAGAGUGCCGCCAGAUCUCGGUUCACUGAAUUGAGGAUUCAUAGCAAAAAGGACAUUUUCGAGGAUUGUAAGCUCGAGGCUUCUCUGUGUCAGUAUGUCGACAUGUUGAAGCUACUCAACCUGGAUAUCGGUGAUGAUGAAGUCCAGCGAGAGGCCUGCUCUAUCAUCAACCACAUGCCAAAUGCGUCGCCCAUGUUUGUUAAUUUGUUGAUCACUCUGGUGUAUGGCUCGACACAUUGGUUGAGACCGUUUCGGCUGCGGACAGGACUACCUCUCAGUAAUGGCAAUUCAUUCUUCGGAGGUUCGCAUGAUAGUGCUUCGUUGAGCACUGCUCAAAUAUCAACCGGUAUUAUCAGCGAAAAUACAACAUAUCAACCCCUCCCCGAGGACAAAACCACUGGACCGACAUCUUUGCCAUCCCAACAUGGCCUCGAGACAAGCGCCUUUACCGAGAGACAGAGAGUGGUAUCUCUCAACGAUGGCAACAUGUAUAGAGGUUUAACCAGAGCCCUGACUCGCUACGUUGCGCGUACCAUCUCGCCGUUAAAUCCAACAAGCCAUCUACCCACAGAUGAAGAGCUUCAGUAUCAGGCGCGCUGGAUUGAGUAUGACAGUGAUGAUGUAUGGAAUCAAACUCCAGCUGAUAAUUUGACCUGGUUGUCGGAUUUCAAGCGAGAGUCGGGAUUUUUCUGA